AUGUCGGAGCCGCAUGAACGGGACAGAGUCCAAAAGAAAACCUUCACUAAAUGGGUCAAUAAACACUUGAUGAAGGUGCGCAAACACAUCAACGACCUCUACGAAGACUUGCGAGAUGGCCACAACCUCAUCUCCCUCCUGGAGGUGCUGUCGGGAGUGAAGCUGCCACGUGAGAAGGGGCGGAUGCGUUUCCACCGGCUGCAGAACGUGCAGAUCGCCCUGGAUUUCCUGAAGCAGCGACAGGUGAAACUGGUGAACAUUCGCAACGAUGACAUUACGGACGGCAACCCGAAGCUCACCCUGGGGCUCAUAUGGACGAUCAUCCUCCACUUCCAGAUCUCCGACAUCUACAUCAGCGGGGAGUCGGGGGAUAUGUCGGCCAAGGAGAAGCUGCUUCUGUGGACACAGAAGGUGACGGCGGGUUACAUCGGCGUGAAGUGCACCAACUUCUCAUCAUGCUGGAGCGACGGGAAGAUGUUCAACGCGCUCAUCCACAGAUACAGGCCAGAUCUGGUGGACAUGGAGAGGGUGCAGAUCCAGAGUAACCGGGAGAACCUGGAGCAGGCCUUUGAGAUCGCCGAGCGGCUGGGGGUCACGCGGCUGCUGGAUGCCGAAGACGUGGAUGUCCCCUCUCCGGACGAGAAAUCCGUGAUAACUUACGUGUCUUCAAUCUACGAUGCCUUUCCCAAAGUCCCCGAGGGAGGAGAAGGGAUCAGCGCUAUCGAGGUGGAUUCAAGGUGGCUGGAGUACCAGAGCUGCGUGGAGUCCCUCAUCUCAUGGAUCAAGCAGCACACGAUACUCAUGUCAGAUAAAUCCUUCCCCCAGAACCCUGUAGAGCUAAAGGCACUUUAUAACCAGUACAUACACUUCAAAGAAACUGAAAUCCCAGCGAAAGAGCAGGAAAAAGGAAGGAUAGAGGAGCUCUACAAACUGUUAGAGGUAUGGAUCGAAUUUGGACGCAUCAAGUUGCCCCAGGGGUACCACCCCAACGACGUGGAGGAGGAGUGGGGCAAGCUCAUCAUAGAGAUGCUGGAGCGCGAGAAGCUCCUGCGGCCGGCGGUGGAGAGGCUGGAAUUGCUGCUACAAAUCGCUAACAAAAUCCAGAAUGGUGCUCUGAGCUGUGAAGAAAAACUCACUCUCGCGAAGAACACGCUGCAAGCUGACGCUGCUCACCUGGAGUCGGGCCAGCCGGUGCAGUACGAAUCCGACGUGGUCGUGUAUCUGCAGGAGUGCGAGGGGCUCAUCCGCCAGCUACAGGUGGAUGUGCAGAUCCUUCGGGACGAGAAUUACUACCAGCUGGAGGAGCUGGUGUUCAGGAUCAUGCGGCUGCAAGACGAGCUGGUGACGCUGAGGCUGGAAUGCACUAACCUGUACAGGAAAGGCCACUUCUCCACCUUGGAGCUGGUGCCCACUUCCACGCUGAGCACGACGCACUUGAAGGGCGAGUCCCUGACGAAAGGGCUGCACACCUCCUCUGCCUCCUGGUUCCGGAAGCCCAUGACUAGGACAGAGCUGGUGGCCAUCUCCUCUUCCGAAGACGAAGGCAGCCUCCGGUUCGUGUACGAGCUGCUGGCAUGGGUGGAGGAAAUGCAGAUGAGACUGGAGCGGGCAGAGUGGGGGAGCGACCUGCCGAGCGUGGAAACCCAGCUGGAGACCCAGCGGCACGUCCACACCAGCGUGGAGGACCUGGGCUCCAGCGUAAAGGAGGCCCGGAUGUACGAGGGUAAAAUGUCUCAGAAUUUCCGCGCUAGCUACACGGAGACGCUUGGCAAGCUGGAGACGCAGUACUGCAAGCUGAUGGAAACCUCGAGCUUCCGGCUGAGACACCUCCAGAGCUUGCACGGGUUUGUGUCUCGGGCCACUGCUGAGCUGAUUUGGCUGAAUGAGAAGGAGGAGGAGGAACUGGCCUACGACUGGAGCGACAACAACCCUAACAUUGCAGCCAAGAAAAACUACUUCUCGGAGCUGACGAUGGAGCUGGAAGAGAAGCAGGACAUUUUCCGCUCCCUCCAAGACACAGCCGAGCUGCUGUCCCUGGAGAACCACCCGGCCAAGCAAACCGUAGAGGCCUACAGCGCUGCCGUGCAGACUCAGUGGCAGUGGAUUAAGCAGCUCUGCCUGUGCGUGGAACAGCACGUGAAAGAGAACGCUGCCUACUUCCAGUUCUUCAGCGACGCCCGGGAGUCGGAGACCUACCUGCGCAACCUGCAGGACUCCAUCAAAAGGAAGUAUUCUUGCGACCGUAACACGAGCCUGACGCGGCUGGAGGACCUGCUGCAGGACUCCAUGGAUGAGAAGGAGCAGCUCAUUCAGUCGAAGAGCUCCGUCGCCAGCCUGGUGGGACGGUCCAAAACCAUCGUUCAGCUCCGGCCCAGGAACCCAGAGCACCUUGUGAAGAGCACGAUCCCCAUCAAGGCUGUUUGUGACUAUCGGCAGAUCGAGAUCACCAUCUGCAGGAAUGACGAGUGCGUGCUGGAGGACAAUUCCCAGAGGACCAAGUGGAAGGUGAUCAGUCCCACGGGGAACGAGGCCAUGGUGCCUUCCGUCUGCUUCCUGAUCCCCCCGCCCAACAAAGAGGCCAUCGAGAUGGCCAACAGGGUAGAACAGUUGUACCAGAAAGUGAUGGCUCUCUGGCACCAGCUCCACAUAAACACAAAGAGCCUCAUCUCCUGGAACUACCUGCGGAAGGACAUAGGUCUGGUGCAAAGCUUCAGCAUCGAAAAGCUCAGAUCCUUAGCGCAAGGGGAGUGCCAGCAAGCCAUGAAGAGCCUCCAGGCGCACUACGAGGACUUCCUGCAGGACAGCCGGGACUCGGAGCUCUUCUCGGUGUCGGACCGGCUACGCCUGGAGGAGGAAGUGGAGUCUUCCAAGGAACACAUCCGGCAGCUGCUGGAGUCCAUGGAGAACGAAGACAAGGAUGAGACCGUUGCCAGGACGUACCUCUCAGAGCUGAAGAAUAUCCGUCUGCGCCUGGAGGAGCGUGAGCAGAGGCUAGUGAGCCGAAUCCAGUCCCCGAGCAGCGCCCGAGCAGAUGGUGACACCAUCCAGGAAAACACCAUCCGCAUUGCAGAGCAGGAGCGCAUGCAGGAGGAUCUGCAGCGGCUGCAAUCGGACCUGCGGUUCGUUUCUGAGAGAUGCUACAGCUUCCUUGACAAGGCGCCCGUGGGGUCCAGCACGCCCCAUUUGCGUUCUGAACUUGACUUUGUGGUGAACAAGAUGGACCAGAUGUAUGGGCUGUCUUCCAUCUACCUGGACAAGUUGAAGACAGUUGAUGUUAUUAUUCGUAACACCCAAGGCGCGGAGUCUCUGGUCAAAGGGUAUGAGGUUAAGCUGAGCCAAGAGGAGGCAGUCCCCGCUGACCUGGCAGCUAUUCAGUCUCACAGAGUGGCGUUACAGCAAUGGCUUGGAGAGGCGAAGGACAAGAGCUCUGUCUUCUCCACGUUGGAGGAGGAGAUGGCAAAGGCAAAGGCGGUGGGAGAGCAGCUGUACCGGCUGAGACAAGAGCGCAGCAUCGACCUCGAGCGCUAUCAGGAGAAGGGAAGCCAGCUGUGGGAUCGCUGGCAGCGAGUCUGCGCCCAGAUUGAGACCCGCCACGCGGAGCUGGAGAGCAUCCAGGAGGUGCUGAGUGAUUACCGGCAGUGCCACAGUGCCCUAAUCCAGUGGAUCGAGGAGAUCACGGUCCAGCAGGAGCUGAUGAAGCCCGGGCAGGCGGAGGACAGCCGGGUGCUGUCGGAGCAGCUGAGCCAGCAAACGGCUUUGGCUGCAGAAAUCGAGAAAAAUCAAGCCAAACUGGACCAGUGUCAGAAAUUCUCCCAGCAAUACUCGGCUGCUGUCAAGGACUACGAGUUGCAGCUCAUGACGUACAGGGCGUUUGUUGAGUCGCAGCAGAAGUCUCCCAUGAAACGCCGGCGCAUGCUCUCGUCCUCGGACGCCAUCACGCAGGAGUUCAUGGAUUUGCGGACUCGCUAUACAGCUCUGGUGACGUUAACCACGCAGCACGUGAAGUACAUCAGCGAUGCUCUCCGGCGGCUGGAGGAGGAGGAGAAAGUAGUGGAGGAGGAGAAGCAGGAGCACGUGGACAAGGUGAAGGAACUCCUGGGCUGGGCCCUGGGCUUGAAGCAGAGUGUACAAGGCAGGACGGCUGCUGCCGGGAGCAGAGAGCUGGGUGACAUUGAGAAAUCCAUCUCGGAACAGCAGGCCCUGAAUGAGGAGCUGGCCGCAAAGAAGGAGCAGGUCUCUGAGGCCAUCAAAACUUCACAAAUCUUCCUGGCAAAACACGGCCACAAGCUUUCCCAUCCGGAGAAGGAACAGAUUUCCGCUCGGAUCGGUGCCCUCAAGGAGACCUACCAGGCGCUCUGCAGCGACUCCACGGAGCAGCUCCAGCAGCUCCAGAGCCAGCUGGCUCAGGAGACGGAGCACAAGGGCAACGAAGCAGUGGCAGGAGUGAUCGAUCUUGGCACGGUAGAAAUAUUCCCUGUCUUUGGUGCUAUGCAGAGAGGUCUUAUAGAUCAGGACACUGGCCUCGCCCUCUUGGAGGCCCAGGUUAUCACAUCUGACUUAGUUGUUCCAGAGACCAAUGAGAAACUCUCCUUGGAGAAAGGUCUGGCAAGAAACAUCAUCGACCUCAGGACGUUCCAGGUGCUGCAGGAAUUGAAGGAUGCUCUCCACCGGGUGGAAGAAGUCAGAUGUGAAGGGAGGCAGCUCCUACCUGUCGUUACUGCAAUAGAAGAGGGGAGGAUCAGUGAGAGCAUUGGGCUAAAGAUUCUUGAAGCUGAGCUCGUCACUGGGGGCUUUAAAGUCCAUCAGGGCAGAAUCAGCAUGGAGACAGCGGUGCAAGAAAGGCUCCUUACCCCCCAGCUUUAUUCCAGACUUCUCUCUCACCUGGAGGGUGGCAAGGAUUUGAUUGACCCCAACACUGCUGAGAAAAUCAGUCUGCCCGAGCUCAUGCACCGAUGCAUCAUCCACCAAGAGACUGGACUGAGGCUGCUCCCGGUCAAGCAGCUGGCGGGUGGGAUGGUGAGCUUGAAAUCAGGCAGAAAAGUCAGCAUCUUCCGUGCGGUCCAGGAAGGGCUGAUAGACAGGCAGGUAACGGUCAGGUUGUUGGAAGCCCACCUCUUUGCUGGUGGCAUUGUUGACCCCAGGACAGGGCACAGGCUGACUGUGGACGAGGCCGUGAGACAUAAUUUAAUUGACCAGGAUUUGGCAUGCACGCUUCUUAUCCGGCAGCUUCAGACAGGUGGCAUCAUCGAUACCAUCACGGGAGAGAGACUGACAAUUGAUGAAGCUGUAAGGAGAGAGUUGGUAGCACCAAAGAUUGCAUUGGUGGUCCUGGAAUCCCUGUGGUCCUUCAUGGGGCUCCUGUGGCCAGAGACGGGGGAGAUCGUCCCGGUUGCGGAUGCUUUAGAGCAAGGAAUCCUGUCUACGGAGUUGGUUUACAAGAUUCUCAGCAAGCGGCAACUCAUUAAGGCUGUCUUUAUACCAGAAACCACUGAGGUGUUGUCCUGGAAGAAAGCAGUUGAACAUGGCAUCUUGGAGAGAGAUGUGGCGAAGAAGCUGAAAUCCACGGCCAUACCUGAUGUCAUGGCCAGCGUGCAGCUUGCUGGCUCUCCCAGCAGAAGCAGGCAUGCCCAGAGCUCUUCUGGCAGGAGUCCCACAGGUCACAGAGAGCAAAGUGACCCUCUGCUAAGGAGUGACGACGAAAGGCUGCUGUUCCACUUGAUGACCCACAGCUAUAUCAACAUCCACGAUGGCCAGAAGCUGCUCUUAGUGGAUGGAGAGUUGAACAAUCUCACUAAAGCCCUCAUCCAAACCCAAGAAAAUGGAUCCUGUGCACACACGUUGGAAGGGAGUGAAGGCUUUGAGGAGCCAAAGGCAAAUGCAGCUCUCGAAAGCGAGCCUUGCAAUGGUUUGGCUUUGCAGCAGCUUGAGUUUCAAUUUGCUCCUUCAAAAGAAAAAAGCAAAAAGGUCCUGCCGCCUAGAACUGCUUUGGAGAAUGGGGAGGUGGUGAUGGGACCUGAAAGCCUCCUGUUGGAGGAUGCAGAAGACACCCUUCUUGUGGAGCAGCAAAAGCAGAUUUAUACCGAACAGGCUACCAUCAAGAGUGAAGCUGAUGCUGAAUUUGGAAGAGAGCAAGUAGCUACUACAAGCAAGGACAAACAUCAGGUAAAACUAUUGACGCCAGGACGUGCCGGUGACCUUGGUAGUGGAUUCAGAGAAACAGAGGAAAUGAUGACUGAGGCAGAAGAAGAGUCCAAACCUACUACGGUAGAUGGAGUGGAAAGUAUUGAAGAUCAGAAGAGGGCAUCGGAAAGUGGGGCGGUUGUUGUGAAAAGUGAAAUCUGCAUAUCAAUGGAUGUUCCAGAAAGUAGAGAUAGAGUGGAAAUCACGGCAGAGAGGUCUCAGGAUGCGCAGGGACCUGAACUAGAGGCAGAAGGUGUUACAGGGAUUUAUUUGCUAAAUGAGGAAACAAUUGAGAAUGGCGUGCUGGGAGGAGAGGAGAUUGUGCUCCCUAAAACUAGAGAGGCAGAGCAAACGGAGAGGCAAAGGGAAGACAUGGGAAGUGUACUGGAAGUGGAAGGAGAGGGGCAAGAAGUACCAUGUGAUGAGAGUGUUGAUGAAACAUCCCUGCCAGCCCCUGCAGAGCAGGAGGCGGAGGACACUUUGGAAACGCUGUUAACGCAGCUCCGAAGUGGUGGCAUCAUCCAUGAGCAGACGGGCAAGACUCUUCUUCUAAAUGAAGCAGUAGCCUGCGGAGUGGUGCCCAGCCACACAGCUGUGAAACUAAUGGAGAAAAUGAAGAUGUUCAGUGGCUUCUUUGACUCGCAUACAUGUGAAUCAUUAACCACCGAGGACGUCAUUGAAGAAGGUCUGAUGGAUGAGAAGCUUCUCCAGAAGGUAUUAGCAUCUGACAAGGCGAUAAGUGGUGUUCUUGACCCGGGCAAUAACUUUGUCUACUCUAUCAAGGAUGCCGCUGCAGUUGGCCUUCUGGACAAGGAAACGGCAAUGAGGAUCUUGGAAGGGCAAGUGGUUACUGGAGGGAUCGUUGACUUGAAACGUGGCAAAAAAAUAUCGGUCACUUUGGCUUCAAAUCUGGGCCUCAUAGAGCCAACAGGUCAGAAAGAGCUGAUCAAGCUGGAGAAGGCUUCCAAAGGGAAAGACACUGAUGAGGUGACCAGACAGAAGCUCAUUAGCUUACAGGCUGAAACCAGUGGAAUUGUGGACCCUAAAACGAAGCAGCCUUUGACUGUUGCACAGACUGUUGAAAAAGGGCUCCUGAAAAAGGAAAAAGCUUUUCAGCUCUUGACCAAGCAGAUUGCUGAUGGAGGAAUCAUCCAUCAUGUGUCCGGAAUGAGGCUUUCGGUAAACGAUGCAAUGAAACACGGGUUGAUCAAUCAAGAUUUAUGUAACGAACUCACGAAAGCUGAAAGCGUGUGCCUGCAGGAUUAUGUUCAUCCCGUUACGAAGGAGAAGCUGCCCUUGCCCCAGGCAGUAUCGUUAGGGCUCGUUAGCCCGGACUUCCAGAGGAAAGUGCAAGAAAUCCAGGCUCGGAGUGGAAGCAUUUUUGAUCCUGCUUCUGGCCAGAGACUGGCACUCUGUCAAGCGGUAAAGGAGGGCUUGCUGCCUGAGCAGGUUAUGGAGAAAGUCCUGUCAUCUUCAGAAAUGAAAGAAGGAAUGGUAGAUCCCGAGACUUGCAUGAUCGUUCCCUACUCAGGGUUCAUAAAGAAGUGUAAAAUCGACAUUGAAUCUGGCCAGAGGUAUCUGGAGGUCCAUCCCUUCAGAGCCAUCAAGGAUGAGGUGACGGGGAACAAGCUCACGUGCGCCGAGGCGGUGAGGCUGGGGAAGGUGGACCCUCUGCCCACUCUGCGGUUGCUGCAGGCUCAGGCAGACAGCGGGGGGGUCGUGGAGGGUACUGUCAGCAAGAGGCUCUCCCUGAGGGCCGCUGUGGAGCAAGGGCUGCUGGAUGAGGAGAUGGCCAAACUCAUCGCCACCAACCAGAUGAGGACUGGGGGAAUUGUUGAUGCUAGCGGUGGGAAAAGAUUGACUUUAGAGGAAGCUGUUGAAAAAGAACUGAUUAGCCAAAAAUUAGCUGCCAGUCUUCAGGCACAAAUAUCUGAAGACAAAUAUGGUUCUGAGGUCUGCAAAGUAGACAAGCCCCACCUUUUCCAGGAAAAAAUGGAAGAAAGAUCUCCAAAAGAGGAAGAUGUCAUCCUCUCUACCAGUGCUGCUAAGAAGUCUGAUGGUGUUGAGCAUAAAGCCAGAUCUGGAGCCAUGAGCUACGACGUGGCUGGAGGUGCUGCCGCCAAGAGAUCCCCAGUGACACCGACAGAAGGGAGAUCAAAACCUCAAGAAACUUCAAAGGAUGAUGUAACGCAUCAGCCCCAAGAAAAGGUGGAACUGACUCCAGAAUACCCCUCAGUAUUAGGUACAGCAUCUCUCUCCGAAGAGACGGUGGUGGUAAGGGCUAUGGAAAAAGGGAAUGCAAAAAGCAGCUCCCAGGUGAGAGCAGCUUGGGGGAAGGAAUGGAGGAGAGAAGAAGUAGAUCGAGGGACAGAGAAAGUGGAGGGAUUGGGAUUGCAGGAAGAGCAGUCAUUCUUGGACACAGAGGGAACUGCAAAAAGCAGCUCCCAGGUGAGAGGGGCUUGGGGGAAGGAAUUGAGGAGAGAAGAAGAUCAUCGAGGGACAGAGAAAGUGGAGGGAUUGGGAUUGCAGGAAGAGCAGUUGUUCUUGGACACGGAGGCGCUUCACAGUGCGGAGGACAGCGAGGAGAGGAGGAGGAGGAGGAGAGGAGGGUUUGUAAGUGCAGAGGGAGUUGCGGCAGGUGAAGAAGGUGCAGCGGUGGCUUCUGAGCAAGGAGAGCGGGCGGGCAGCCUGGAUGGGGUAACGCCGGUAGUCCUGAGAGAAUCUGUUACUGUGGGUCGAGGGAAGGAAGAGAUGGGUCCUACAGAGUCUGGAGAACCAACUGAGACUGGCAUCCCUACGAAGCCUGCAGGAGACGAGCUUGCAGGUGAAAAACCUGUCAAGCACAUCGAAGAAGAAACCCCGAGAUUGCGUGCAGAAGGUCCAGUCGAUCAAGAAAAAACAAGUGAAACUGAGCUAAAACCUACCCAAAAACAGAAAAGCAAGAAAAAGAAAGCAAAGCAGACUGGUGUCCCAGGAGACAGUGCUCAGCCGGAGAAAUCUUCUGUGGAAAAGCAGUCCCUUCCUUUUCUGAUUGCCAAAAAAAUUCCAGGGAAGGAGGAGGAGGAGGAGGACUUCAUCUCAAGCAUGCCAGAACCGAAACAUGAAACCACCACCAAGAUUACUGCUGGGUUGGCAAGAGAUGCAGCCAAGCACAUGGGGAGCAGCAGGGAUGAAAAAGAAAAGAAAACAAUUUCUGAGAAAGAUAAAGAAAACCUUUCCGGGGGUCAGGUGUUCCCUGUUCUCCCAGGACAAGGGGGAGCUCGAGAGGUGAUGAAAGGUGGGAUCAGAAAUGGUCACGAUUCCUCGGUGGCAUUGAGCCUGGAGGAGGGGAUGACCCAGGAAAACACCAAGGUGGAAACCACCAGCGAUGCGUCCAGCGCAGCCCCUGCAGCAGGUGAACUGCCCGAUGAAUUAAUUAUCAGAGAGGAACCCAGAGAAGUUCAGGAAGCCUCUGCCGUCCUUGAGCUUGGAGAAGAGACACGGCAAGAGCAAACAGUGGAGAUCAGCACAGGCCAAGGAGGUGCGCCUGUUCCCCCAAAAUCCCAAGGAGAAACACCCCAGGAGAGGACCAGGCAGCCGGGUCCUGGCGAUCGGGGCUUGCUCUUACCUGUGAUAGUGGAGGGGGAGCUGCUGGAAACCUCGAGGGAAUCCACGAGACCAGCCCAGAUCAUGUUCAGCAAGAAGAUGUGUCUGGAGCACGAUGAGAAGCUGAUAUCAUAUCUCUCCAUGCUCCGAGAUAUUGAGAUGAGAAUCAAACGGGUGCAGCCGGUGGAGCAGAAUUUGGCAGCCCUGCACGACCUGCUGCAGCAGGCGGAGGCCCUGAGCGCUGAGCUGCAGGAGCUGAGCUUCCCAGUGAAUCAGGAGUUGGACACCGUGAAGUGGAUUGUGGCCAACCCCCCUGAAGAAGUCCCUGAGCAAUUGCUGAAGGCUUUGGAGAAGGAUGCCAAGAACCUCCAGAAGUCUCUGAGCUCUGCGAGUGAUGUCCUGGAGUCCCGGCUGCAGAACCUUCGUGGGGCGGCAGAAACCGAAAAGGCUAAAAUCCUGGCACAUCACGAGACUCUCCAGGGCAAACUCCAGGAGCUGCUGAGCUGGGUCUCUGGCACUGCAGAGUCGCUGGACGGCAGCGAUUACCACCACACGACUGAUGUGAACAGCUUGAGUCGCUGCCUCCAGCACUACAAGGAGCUGAAAGAGCCCCUCGCUGACACCAAAUCUCAGCUCGACGCCACUGCCUUCGACAUCCAGUUCCUUAUCUCGGAGCACGCCCAGGACUUGACCCCUCAGCAGAGCAGGCAGCUGCUGAGGCUGCUCAAUGAGCUGCAGAAGGCUUUCCGGGACCUGUCGGAGCACGUGAUGGCUCGGGGGGAGGUCCUGCAGGUCUGUCUCCAGCAAGUGGAGCAGACGGAUCAGGUGAAGACGCUGCAGGAGCAGCAGGCAGCCCGGGCGCAGAGCCUGGCCGAGCUAAGCCACUGGCUGCACCAGGCAGAGGACACGCUGGCAGAGCAGCAGAGAGCAGCCAGUGAAGGGGACCUGUCCGCCUUGCAGCAGAGGCAAAGCGAUGUUAAGGAGCUGCAGAGGAACAUGCACACCCGAGCCGCCUCCUUCGCCAGCGUCCUGAAAAGCACAGAGGAGUUUUUGGAGGAGAACAAGGCGAAGAUGGAGCCUGGGGAGCUGGCAGCACUGCAAGAGAAGCUCCAGCGUGCCAAGGAGCAGUACCGGUCCCUGCAGGAGAGGACAGAGGUGGCCCAGAAGGAGCUGGAGAGCGCUGUGACUGCUGCAGUGCAGCAGGAGACUGAAAAGGUGAAGGCUGCCAAAGAGCUGGAGGAGAACAGCAAUAAGAUCGAUUCCCUUUUGAACUGGGUGGCAUCGCUGGAGCAGAAGGGAGGGCUCCUGGAAUACAGACCGCACCCCAUCGAGCAAGCGCCGGGGGCGCGAGCGGGGACAGGCACUCGGGACGUCCCCGAUGGCCAUGUCGUGGGAGCACACAGCGCUGCCGAGAGCCUGGAUGAGCAGUACGAGAGGCUGAAGGCCCAGCACCAGGAGCUGCUGUCCCAGCAGCAGGACGUCAUCCUGGCCACGCAGUCGGCGCAGGCUUUCCUGGACAAGCAUGGCCACAGCCUGGCUGGGGAGGAGCGGGACCGGCUCCAGGGCCGGCUGGCAGAGCUGAAGGACCAGUAUGCGGCUUCUCUCUCGCAGUCGGAAACGCGGCUGAAGCAAGUGCAAGUCCUGCGGGACGAGCUGCAGAAGUUCUUGCGGGAUCACGGGGAGUUUGAGGCUUGGCUGAAGCAAGCGGAGCAGGAUCUGGAGGGGAUGUACAAGGGGGACAGCGACCCCACGGCCCUCCGGCAGCUGCUCCUGCGACAGGGGAGCUUCUCAGAAGAUGUGAUCUCCCACAAAGGCGACCUGCGGUUUGUUACCAUGUCGGGGCAGAAGGUGCUGGAUGCAGAGGGAGCUGCUGAGGAUGCAGGGUCCCAGCCGCUGAUGUCCGGGAGCGUGGUCAAGAGCAAGCUGGAGGAUGCGACGCAGCGAUACACCACGCUGCACUCCAAGUGCACCAAGCUGGGCUCCCACCUGAACACCUUGCUGGAUCACUACCAGCAGUUCCAGGAGGUGGCAGAGUCUCUCAGGACGUGGCUGCAGGAGAGUGAAGCUGCCGUUGGGAAACUGCUCUCGGAGACAGUUUCUUCAGAUCCGGCUGUUCUGCAAAAGCAGCUUGCCAGCGCUAAGCAGCUGCAGGGAGACCUCGCUGAGCAUCAGGUGCCGGUGGAGAAGCUCCAGAAAGCAGCUCAGUCCCUGCUGGAGGUACAAGGGGAGCCGGCCCCGGACCACGGGCGCGUUCAGGAAACAACAGAUGCCAUCGUGAACCGCUUCCAGAGCCUCUCCCAGCAGAUGGCCGAGCGCUCGGACCUGCUGCAGAAAUCCAUUGCCCAGUCCCAGAGCGUCCAGGAGAGCCUGGAGAGCCUCCUCCAGUCGGUGGCUGAGAUCGAGAAGAACCUGGAGGGAGAGCAGCCGGCUGUGCUCUCCUCCACCUCCAUCCAGGACUCGCUUGCCACGAGCGCGAAGCUGAAGCAGGACAUUGCCAGGCAGAAGAGCUGCCUGGAAGCCACCCGCGAGAUGGUGACGCGGUUCAUGGAGGCGGCAGACAGCCCCACGGCCUCUGCCCUGCAGGGCAAGCUGGCAGAGGUGACAGAGCAUUUUGGCAGGCUGUGCCAGCAGCAGCAGGAGAGGGAGGACGCGCUGAAGGGCCUCCUCCCGAAGGUCGAGCAGUAUGAGCAGCUCUUGGAGAAGUUGCAGCAGUUCACGGAGAGCCGAGCGCGGAUGUUGGCAUCCGGGAACCGGCCAGACCGGGACAUUGCUCACUUCUCCCAGCACAUCCAGGAACUGAAUUCGGAGAUGAGGCAGCACCAGGAGGACCUGGCCGCCCUGGAGCACCUGGCUGCGGAGCUGGGCUCCUGCGGCUUCGCCCCCGGCGCCUCCCAGCAGCAGGAGAAGCUGCAGAGCCUGAAGAAAGACUUCCUGCAGCUGCAGAAGGUGGCAAAAGAGAGAGAAAAGGAUGCGUCGUCCUGCCAGGAGCAACUGGACGAAUUUCGGAAGCUGGUCGGGGCCGUAAGGAGGUGGCUGAGGGAGAGCGAAGGCAAAAUGCCGCCCGCCGAGACCUCCCUGGGCACCCAGGAGCUGCACAAGCGCAGGCAGCAGAUCCAGUGGAAGGGGAAGGGGGCCCAGGUGGAGGAGAUCGGCCGCAGAGGGACCCUCCUGGAGAACCUGAUCAUGGAGAUUACGGCCCCCGACACCCCGUCCAAGGCAGGUGCCGCGCUGCCCGCUCCGGGAGGGUCGGUAGGCAGCGUGAACGGAUACCACACAUGCAAAGAUCUGACCGAGAUCCAGUGCGAUGUGUCGGACGUGACCCAGCAGUACCAGGACCUUGGCGCGGCGCUGCGGGAACGCCAGCAGCAGCUCUCAGCAAUGCUUGAGAAGAUGGAAGAAGUGCAGGAGGAGGCAAGCUCGAUGCUGAAGUGGCUGGAGUCAAAGGAACGAACGCUGUCGGAGCUGGAUGCCUCCUCCUCGCCCACCAAGACGGAGACGAUGAGAGCCCAGGCUGAGCACAACAAGGCAUUUCUGGCUGAAUUGGAACAGAAUUCUGGGAAGAUCCAGAAGGUAAAGGAAGCACUUUCUGGUUUGCUGGAGAAAUAUCCAGAUUCUCCGGAAGCAGCAAACUGGAAGAAGAUGCAGGAGGACCUGAAUUGCAGGUGGGAAAGAGCCAGCCAGGCAACAGCCGAGCGGCAGCAGAAGCUGGAGGAGUCGGAGAACCAGCUGGCCAGCUUCCAGGCUGCCGAAGCCCAGCUGCGCCCCUGGCUCAUGGAGAAGGAGCUGAUGAUGAGCGUGCUGGGACCCCUCUCCAUCGACCCGAACAUGCUGAACGCACAGAAGCAGCAGGUCCAGUUUAUGCUGAAGGAAUUUGAAGCUCGCAGACAACAGCAUGAGCAGCUCAACCAGGCAGCUCAGAGCAUCUUGACUGGCCCUGGAGAUGUCUCUCCAUCCACUAACAAGGUGCGGGAAGAGCUCCAAGGGGUUAAUCAGAAAUGGUCCGAGCUAACAGAACGCCUCAACUCCCGCUCCAGCCAAAUUGACCAAGCCAUAGUGAAGAGCACCCAGUACCAGGAGCUCCUCCAGGGCCUCUCCGAGAAGGUGAAGGCAGUUGGGCAGCGCCUGAGCAGCCAGUCUGCCGUCAGCACGCAGCCCGAUGCCGUGAAACAGCAGCUGGAGGAAACCAGUGAGAUCCGCUCAGACCUGGAGCAGCUGGAAGAGGAGAUCGCAGAGGCUCAGACCCUCUGUGAUGACCUCUCUGUCCUGAUUGGGGAGCAGUAUCUCAAAGAUGAGUUAAGGAAACGUCUGGAGACGGUGGCGCUUCCUCUCAAAGGGCUGGAAGACCUGGCAGCCGACCGGAUGAACCGACUGCAGACUGCGCUUGCAAGUUCCCAGCAGUUCCAGCAUAUGUUUGAUGAACUCAGGACCUGGCUAGAUGACAAACUGUGCCAGCAAGCUCAGAGCCAACCUAUUUCUGCUAAACUGGAGAGGCUACAGAGCCAAAUUCAGGAACAAGAAGAGUUCCAGAAGAGCCUCAACCAACACAGUGGCUCCUACGAGAUGAUUGUAGCCGAGGGAGAAUCUUUGCUGCUUUCUGUCCAGCCUGGGGAGGAGAAGACCACUCUGCAAAACCAGUUGGUCAGCCUCAAAACACACUGGGAAGAGCUCAGCAAACAGGCUGCUGAUAGACACUCUAAGCUCAAGGACUGUUUGCAGAAAGCUCAGAAGUACCAACGGCACGCGGAGGACCUCCUCCCUUGGGUGGAGGACUGCAAGGCAAAGAUGUCAGAGCUGGAAGUAACCCUGGAUCCGGUGCAGCUGGAGGCGACUCUCCUGAGAUCAAAGGCUAUGCUGAGUGACGUGGAGAAGCGUCGGUCCUUGCUGGAGAUGCUGAACAGCGCUGCCGACAUCCUGAUUGAUGCUUCUCAAACCGAUGAGGAUGACAUUCGGGAUGAGAAAGCUGGGAUCAAUCAGAGGAUGGAUACCAUCACAGAAGAGCUGCAAGCCAAGACGGGCUCCAUCGAAGAAAUGUCACAGAGGCUCAAGGAGUUUCAAGAGAGCUUCAAGAACAUUGAGAAGAAGCUGGAAGGGGCGAAGCACCAGCUGGAGAUCUAUGAUGCGCUAGGGCCGCAAGCCUGCAGCAACAAGAAUUUGGAGAAGCUCAGGGCACAGCAGGAGGUGCUGCAGGCCCUGGAGCCACAAGUGGAUUAUCUGAAAAACUUCACUCAAGGUCUAGUAGAAGAUGCCCCAGAUGGGUCUGACUGUUCCCAGCUCUUAAGCCAAGCUGAGGUGGCUCAGGAGGACUUCCAAGCUGUGAAGCAGAAAGUAAAUGACUGCUGUACGCUCAUGGAAAACAAGCUUGAAGGGAUCGGCCAGUUCAAUAAUCGGGUGAGGGAGAUGUUCUCUCAACUGGCAGAUCUCGACGAUGAGUUAGACAGCAUGGGCCCCAUCGGGAGAGACUCUGACAGCCUUCAGUCCCAAGCAGAGGACGUUCGCACGUUCCUGGGCAAACUCCACAGGCUGAAGUCUGACAUCGAAGCUUCUGAAAGUGAAUGUAAGAAAAUGCUGGAGGAUGAAGGGAGCCCCGAUUUAUUAGGACUGAAACGUGAAUUGGAGACGCUGAAUAAACAGUGCAGCAAACUGACUGAGAGGGGCAAGAACCGUCAGGAGCAAGUAGAAACGACACUGUCUCGUGUCGAGGACUUUUACAGCAGGCUGAAGGAGCUGACCCACAUGACAACCGUGGCGGAGGAGAACGAGGCGUUGCAGUGGGUGGUGGGAACAGAGGUGGAAACCAUCAACCAGCAGUUGGCAGACUUCAAGCUGUUCCAGAAGGAGCAAGUGGAUCCUCUCCAGCUAAAACUACAGCAAGUCAAUGGAGUUGGUCAAGGACUCAUCCAAAGCGCCGGGAAAAACUGUGACGUCCAAGGGCUGGAGCAUGACAUGGAAGAAAUCAACACCCGCUGGAACACCCUCAACAAGAAGGUGGCCCAAAGAGUUGCUCAGCUGCAAGAGGCCCUGUUGCACUGCGGGAAGUUUCAGGACGCCCUGGAGCCGUUGCUGAGCUGGCUGGCAGACACCGAGGAGCUCAUCUCCAACCAGAAACCUCCCUCUGCGGAAUACAAGGUGGUGAAAGCCCAGAUCCAGGAGCAGAAGCUGCUCCAGCGACUCCUGGACGAUCGCAAAGCCACCGUUGAGAUGAUCCAAGCGGAGGGAGGGAGGAUCGCGCAGUCGGCCGAGCCCGCGGAUCGGGAGAAGAUCAUCGGCCAGCUGGAGAGCCUGGAGCGCCGCUGGGCAGGGCUGCUGGGCAGGGCGGCCGGCAGGCAGAAGCAGCUGGAGGACAUCUUGGUCCUGGCAAAGCAGUUCCACGAAACCACGGAGCCCGUGUCGGACUGGCUGUCGGUGACGGAGAAGAAGCUGGCCAACUCGGAGCCCAUCGGUACCCAGACUGCCAAAAUCCAGCAGCAGAUCAGUCGGCACAAGGCUCUAGAGGAAGAGAUAGAGAGCCACGCGGCCGACGUGUCUCGGGCGGUCGGUGUUGGGCAGUCCCUCUCCUCCCUGAGCUGUGCCGCUGAGCGGAGGCUGCUGGCAGAGAAGCUAGACUCUCUGCAGACCCGCUAUGGCGAGGUCCACGACCGGUGCUGCCGGAAGGCAGCGCUGCUGGAUCAGGCGCUGUCUAACGCCAGGCUCUUUGGGGAGGAGGAGGUGGAAGUGCUCAACUGGCUGGCUGAGGUCGAGGACAAGCUCGGCUCGGUAUCCGUAAAGGAUUACAAACGGGACGUCCUGCAGAAGCAGCAUGCCGACCAGCUGGCUUUGAACGAGGAAAUUGUGAACAGGAAGAAGAACGUGGACCAAGCCAUUAGAAACGGGCAGGCCCUUCUGAAGCAAACCACAGGGGAGGAGGUGUUGCUGAUCCAGGAGAAGCUGGACGGAAUUAAGACCCGCUAUUCGGCCAUCACCGACCGUAGCUCCAAGGCGCUGCGCACGCUGGGGCAGGCUCGGCAGCUGGCCACCAAGUUCCAGUCCACGCACGAGGAGCUCGCCGGCUGGAUGAGCAAAGUGGAGGACGAGCUGGUUUCCAGCGGGGGACCGCCCCCCGCCGGCGAGCAGAUACCCCAGUUCCAGCAGAGGCACAAGGAGCUGAAGAAGGAGGUGAUGGAGCACAGGCUCGUCCUGGACACGGUGAACGAGGUGAGCCGAGCUCUCUUGGAGCUGGUUCCCUGGCGAGCCCGCGAAGGGCUGGAUAAACUCGUGUCGGACACCAACGAGCGCUACAAGCUGGUCAGCGACACCAUCAAGCAGAGGGUGGAAGAAAUCGAUGCUGCUAUUCAGAGGUCUCAACAGGCUUUUUCCAUCGACAUUAUUCGGCACAAAGACUCUAUGGACGAACUGUUCAGCCAGCGCAACGAGAUCUUUGGGACGUGCGGGGAGGAACAAAAAGCUGUUCUCCAGGAGAAAACCGAGUCCCUGGUGCAACAGUACGAAGCCGUGAGCCAGCUCAACUCGGAGCGCUACGCUCGCUUGGAGCGCGCCCAGGUCCUGGUCAACCAGUUCUGGGAGACCUACGAGGAGCUGAAUCCGUGGAUCGAGGAGACGCAAGCCCUCAUCUCCCAGCUGCCCCCUCCGGCCAUCGAUCACGAGCAGCUCAAGCAGCAGCAGGAGGACAUGAGGCAACUGAGAGAGUCCAUUGCUGAACAUAAGCCUCAUAUUGACAAGCUGCUGAAAAUCGGACCGCAGCUCAAGGACCUCAACCCCGAGGAAGGAGAGAUGGUGCAGAAAAAAUACUCGACGGCGGAGGCCAUGUAUGCCAAAAUCAAGGAGGAGGUGUGCCAGCGGGCUCUCGCGCUCGAUGAAGCCGUCUCGCAGUCCACCCAGUUCCAUGAUAAGAUCGAGCCCAUGCUGGAGACGCUGGAGACCCUCUCCUCCCGCCUGCGCAUGCCACCCCUCAUCCCUGCCGAGGUCGAUAAGAUCCGGGAGUGCAUCAGCGAGAACAAAAACGCCACGGUGGAGCUGGAGAAGCUGCAGCCCUCCUUCGAGGCUCUGAAACGCCGCGGGGAAGAGCUGAUCGGGCGAUCGCAGGGAACGGACAAGGACCUGGCAGCGAAAGUUAUCCAGGAUAAGUUGGAUCAGAUGGUCUUCUUCUGGGAAGACAUCAAAGCUCGGGCGGAGGAACGUGAAAUGAAGUUCCUUGAUGUCCUGGAGCUUGCAGAGAAGUUCUGGUACGACAUGGCAGCCCUCCUGACUACCAUCAAAGACACGCAGGACAUCGUUCACGACCUGGAGAGCCCAGGCAUUGACCCCUCCAUCAUCAAGCAGCAGGUGGAAGCGGCAGAGACUAUUAAAGAGGAGACGGAUGGCUUGCAUGAAGAGCUGGAGUUCAUCCGACUCCUUGGAACUGAUUUAAUUUUUGCCUGUGGCGAAACUGAGAAACCAGAAGUGAAAAAGAGCAUUGAUGAGAUGAACAACGCGUGGGAAAAUCUAAACAAAACGUGGAAGGAGAGGCUUGAAAAGCUUGAAGAAGCCAUGCAGUCGGCUGUGCAAUACCAAGAUACGCUUCAAGCCAUGUUCGACUGGCUGGAUAACGCCGUGAUCAAACUCUGCAACAUGUCUCCUGUCGGCACUGACCUCAACACGGUUAAGGAGCAGAUGAACGAGAUGAAGGAGUUUAAAAUGGAGGUUUACCAGCAGCAGAUUGAGAUGGAAAAGCUUAAUCACCAAGGUGAACUGAUGCUAAAAAAAGCUACAGAUGAGACAGACAGAGACAUCAUAAAGGAACCACUGACAGAACUGAAACAUCUCUGGGAGAAUUUGGGCGAGAAAAUUGCUCACAGACAGCAUAAGUUAGAAGCCGCUCUCCUGGCACUCGGCCAGUUCCAGCACGCAUUGGCGGAGCUGAUGGCCUGGCUGACCCACACCGAGGAGCUGCUCGACGCGCAAAAACCCAUCAAUGGAGACCCAAAAAUCAUCGAGGUUGAACUCGCAAAGCACCAUGUGCUGAAGAACGACGUCCUGGCCCACCAAGCGACCGUGGAGACGGUGAACAAAGCGGGCAACGAGCUCCUGGAGUCGAGCGCAGGGGACGACGCGAGCAGCCUGCGAAAACGCCUGGAGAAGCUGAACUCGUGCUGGGAGUCGGUGCUGCAGAAGACGGAGGAGCGGGAGCAGCAGCUGCAGUCCACGCUCCAGCAGGCCCAGGGUUUCCAUGGUGAGAUUGAAGACUUCCUCCUGUGGCUAACGAGGAUGGAGAGCCAAUUGUCGGCAUCAAAACCCACAGGGGGUCUGCCAGAAACUGCGCGGGAACAACUCAAUGCCCACAUGGAGCUGUACAGCCAGCUCAAAGCCAAGGAGGACGUCUACAGUCAGCUGCUGGCCAGCGAUGACUCGGGCUCUGGCUCAAAGACGGAGCAGAGCGUAGCGCUGCUGGAGCAGAAGUGGUGUCUGGUCAGCACCAAGAUGGAGGAGAGAAAGGCGAAGCUGGAGGAGGCGCUGGCCCUGGCCACGGACUUCCAGAACUCCCUCCAGGACUUCAUCAACUGGCUCACGCUGGCCGAGCAGAGCCUGAACAUUGCGCCCCCGGCCAGCCUCAUCCUCAACUCUGUGCUGGCCCAGAUCGACGAGCACAAGGUAUUCGCCAACGAGGUGAACGCUCAUCGGGAUCGCAUCAUCGAGCUGGAUCAAACCGGGAACCAGCUGAAGUUUCUCAGUCAAAAGCAGGAUGUGGUGUUGAUCAAGAACCUGCUGGUGAGCGUCCAGUCCCGUUGGGAGAAGGUUGUCCAGCGCUCGGUGGAGCGGGGACGGGCUCUUGAUGAUGCCAGGAAGCGAGCCAAGCAGUUCCACGAAGCUUGGAAGAAACUGAUUGAUUGGCUGGAGGACGCAGAGAAUCACCUGGACUCGGAGCUGGAAAUUUCCAAUGAUCCCGACAAAAUCAAGCUCCAGCUCUCCAAACACAAGGAGUUCCAGAAGACGCUGGGGGGGAAGCAACCUGUCUACGACACCACCAUCAGGACGGGCAGAGCCCUCAAAGAAAAAGCCUUGCUUCCAGAUGACACUCAAAAGCUGGACAAUUUGCUGGGAGAAGUCCGGGAUAAGUGGGACACAGUGUGCGGCAAAUCUGUGGAAAGGCAGCACAAGCUGGAAGAAGCCCUCUUGUUCUCUGGCCAGUUCAUGGAUGCGUUGCAGGCCUUGGUGGACUGGCUCUACAAGGUGGAACCCCAGUUAGCUGAAGACCAGCCUGUCCAUGGGGAUCUGGAUCUGGUCAUGAACCUGAUGGAUGCUCACAAGGUCUUCCAGAAGGAGCUGGGGAAGCGCACGGGGACGGUCCAGGUGCUCAAGCGCUCCGGCCGGGAGCUCAUCGAGAACAGCCGGGACGACACGACCUGGGUGAAGGUGCAGCUGCAGGAGCUGAGCAACCGGUGGGACACGGUGUGCAAGCUGUCCGUGUCCAAACAAACCCGUCUGGAACAGGCCUUGAAGCAGGCAGAGGAGUUCAGGACAGCCGUGCACAUGCUGCUGGAGUGGCUCUCGGAGGCAGAGCAGUCCCUGCGCUUUCGGGGAGCGCUUCCCGACGACGCCGAGGCGCUGCAGUCCCUCAUUGACGCGCACAAGGAGUUCAUGAAGAAAGUGGAGGAGAAGAGAGUGGACGUGAACGCAGCAGUGGGCAUGGGGGAGGUCAUCCUGGCCGCCUGCCAUCCCGACUGCAUCACCACGAUCAAACACUGGAUCACCAUCAUCCGAGCCAGGUUCGAGGAGGUUCUCACGUGGGCGAAGCAGCACCAGCAGAGACUGGAGUCUGCACUUUCCGAGCUGGUGGCGAACGCGGAGCUUCUGGAAGAGCUCCUGGCUUGGAUCCAGUGGGCUGAGACAACCCUGAUCCAGCGGGACCAGGAGCCCACGCCACAAAAUAUUGAUCAGGUCAAAGCCCUCAUCUCCGAACACCAGUCCUUUAUGGAGGAGAUGACACGGAAACAGCCAGACGUGGACCGGGUCACGAAGACGUACAAGAGGAAAGCUACUGAGCCCCCCCACGGGCCUUUCAUCGAGAAGUCCCGCAGCAACAGUAUGUCUCCGCUCGAUAGGCAGCUUUCGUUGAAGGAGUUUGCAAACUUCGACUUCGAUGUCUGGCGGAAGAAGUAUAUGCGCUGGAUGAACCACAAGAAAUCCCGUGUCAUGGACUUCUUCCGGCGCAUCGACAAAGACCAAGAUGGGAAGAUCACCCGGCAGGAGUUUAUCGAUGGCAUCCUGGCCUCUAAAUUCCCCACCACGAAGCUGGAGAUGACCGCGGUGGCCGACAUCUUCGACCGUGACGGUGACGGCUACAUCGAUUACUAUGAGUUCGUGGCUGCUCUCCAUCCCAACAAGGAUGCCUACCGCCCCACCACUGAUGCCGACAAGAUCGAAGAUGAGGUCACCAGGCAAGUGGCCCAGUGCAAGUGUGCCAAGAGAUUUCAAGUGGAGCAGAUCGGCGAGAACAAAUACCGGUUCUUCCUCGGCAAUCAGUUCGGCGAUUCCCAGCAGCUGCGGCUGGUCCGUAUCCUGCGGAGCACGGUCAUGGUUCGUGUCGGUGGAGGAUGGAUGGCCCUGGAUGAAUUUUUAGUGAAGAAUGAUCCUUGCAGAGCACGAGGACGGACCAACCUUGAACUCCGAGAGAAAUUCAUCUUGCCGGAGGGAGCCUCCCAGGGAAUGACACCGUUCCGAUCGCGAGGCCGAAGAUCAAAACCAUCCUCCCGGGCAGCCUCCCCGACGCGAUCCAGUUCCAGCGCCAGCCAGAGCAACCACAGCUGCGCCUCCAUGCCAUCCUCUCCCGCAACUCCGGCCAGCGGAGCCAAGACUCCACAUCACUUCUCUCGAUGUUAUGACAAACCCUGGUUGAUAAACAGUAAAGCGGGCACCCCCCUGAGGGGAUUCGAUUAUUCCGACUUCCAGCUCUCAAGCGCCGAGGUGACCCCCUCCGCGGGCAGCAAGCUGAAGCGACCCACCUUCCACUCCAGCCGAACCUCCCUGGCUGGGGACACCAGUAACAGCUCCUCACCCGUCUCUACAGGUGCCAAAACCAGUCGGGCAGAUCCUAAAAAAACAGCCAGCCGUCCCACCAGCCGUGCCGGGAGCCGCACGGGCAGUCGGGCCAGCAGCCGGCGGGGAAGCGACGCCUCCGAUUUUGACCUGCUGGAAACGCAGUCGGCGUGCUCGGACACUUCGGAGAGCAGCGCGGCCGGCGGGCAGGGCGGCUCGCGCCGGGGGAUGGCCAAACCCUCCAAAAUCCCAACCAUGUCCAAGAAAACAACCACUGCCACCCCAAAAACUCCAGGCCCUAAAAGAUAAUACUGUACCCACGCCCUCCUGAAAGAAAGAAAACCCAACCUGUGUCCAAUUUUUAACCCUGCUACGUACAUUGGAUGUAUAUUUAUUCUAAAUGGGAGAAACUAUAUUGUUAAAAGUGUAAAAGAAAGUUGUGUUAUGAAGCUGCCUUAUUUGGGUUUUGGUUUUGGUUUUUUUUUUUUUCCUUUUUUGUAAGUUACUAUUUUCAUGUGAAUAUUUAUGUAGAUAAAAAUUGCCUCUCGGCGACCCCUGUUCAGAGAGGGGCCUGGCAAACUGAAAUGUGGGAGAGAAAAAAAAAAAAAAAAAGAAAAAGA